UGUCCCAGGCUUCCUCUUCUCUUGGCGUCAGAGCAGGAACUGACAGUGCUGAGGCUGCUGGCAGAGCUAGGAGAGACGCAGACACUGAGUGCCAGAAGAGGGUCCUCUCCCACCAGGGAAUUACCACCCGGAGUGAAGCCACCUGACUUUCUGAUCUUAUUUUGCUUGCCUCUUCUUUUCGCCUUCCGCUUCAGCCCUGCCAGGCUGCAUUUCAUUUCUUUCCUGGAGCCUCAGUUCUCCUUCUGAGGAGAGGAGGAAGGGAACAGAAGGGAGAGCGGUGGAUUCUCUAGGUGAUUGCCUGCACGGACCCCAGAGAGGUAUCUCUUCCGCAGGGGCUCCACUGACCGCCCGCCCGCCCACCCACCAACCUCAGCCCGGGUGGUCCUAACAGCUGACUGCACAGAGUCUAGGUCUCUCUUGGCACUAAGACUGAAGGACUUGCAGGAGAUAGAAAACAACAAGGACAACGUCACUAAAGACUGCCACACACAGUGCUUUGUGCAGUGGCUGCUCUUGAACCUGGAGCUCUGGACAGGAGGAUGGGGACAGAUGGAGAAGCCUCAGUCCUGAAGAACAUGUUCAUUAGUGUCAACCUGCUCCUUCUGGGCUCCCUGCUCAAGCCCUCCGAGUGCAAGCUGGAGACAACCCUGGACAGUGUGCAGAGACAGGUGGCUGCAGAGGAGGAGGUUGGUGUGGGCAGCUACAACAGCUCUAGUCAAGGCCAAGAGCAGCCGGUGGUCUUCAACCACGUGUACAACAUCCACGUGCCCGUGGACAGCCUGUGCUCCUCAGCGGGACUGGAGGCCUCAGCAGAGCAGGACAUCAGUGCUGAAGAUGAGGGCCUGGUGGAGUCCACAGGCCAUACCUCAGACUCCGAGGGCCAGGUUACCUUCACCCAUAGGAUCAACCUCCCCAAAAAGGCCUGCCCAUGUGCUGGCUCUGCCCAGGUGCUGCAGGAGCUGCUGAACCGCAUCGAAAUGCUGGAGAGGGAGGUGUCACUGCUUCGCCACCAGUGCGACAACUGCUGCCCAGAAAGUGCAGCCACAGGACAGCUGGACUACCUCCCCCACUGCAGUGGCCAUGGCAACUUCAGCCUUGAGUCCUGUGGCUGCAUCUGCCACGAGGGUUGGUUCGGCAAGAACUGCUCCGAGCCCUCCUGCCCACUGGGCUGCUCCGGCCGUGGAGUGUGCGUGGAUGGCCAGUGCCUCUGCGACAGCGAGUCCAGCGGGGACGACUGCUCAGAGCUCCACUGCCCAACAGACUGCAGCUCCAGGGGACUCUGUGUGGAUGGGGAGUGCGUGUGUGAGGAGCCAUUCGCAGGCCAGGACUGCAGCGAGCUGAGGUGCCCCGGGGACUGCUCUGGGCAGGGCACGUGCACCAAUGGCACCUGCUUGUGCCAGGAGGGCUUCGUGGGCGAGGACUGCGGCCAGCGGCACUGCCCCAAUGCCUGCAGCGGGAGGGGGUUCUGCCAAGAGGGGCUGUGCUCCUGCGAUGAGGGCUACGGGGCCCCCGACUGUUCUGCAGUGGCCCCUCCCGAGGACUUGCGAGUGGCCGGUAUCAGCGACAAUUCCAUUGAGCUGGAAUGGGAUGGGCCGAUGGCAGUGACAGAAUAUGUGAUCUCUUACCAGCCGACGGCCCCAGGGGGCCUCCAGCUCCAGCAGCGGGUGCCUGGAGAUUGGACAGGCGUCAGCAUCACGGAGCUGGAGCCAGGUCUCACCUACAACAUCAGCGUCUACGCUGUCAUUAGCAACAUCCUCAGCCUCCCCAUCACUGCCAAGGUGGCCACCCAUCUCCCUACCCCUCAAGGGCUCCGCUUCAAGAUGAUCACAGAAACCACCGUGGAGGUGGAGUGGGAACCCUUCUCCUUCUCCUUUGAUGGCUGGGAGAUCAGCUUCAUCCCAAAGAACAAUGAAGGAGGGGUGAUUGCCCAACUUCCCAGUGAUGUGACAUCUUUCAACCAGACAGGACUAAAGCCUGGGGAGGAAUAUAUUGUCAAUGUGGUGGCUCUCAGAGAGCAAUCCCGGAGCCCCCCAACCUCAGCCAGCGUCUCUACUGUCAUCGAUGGGCCCACACAGAUCCUGGUCCGUGACGUCUCAGACACCGUGGCCUUCGUGGAGUGGACACCACCUCGGGCCAAGGUCGACUUCGUUCUCCUGAAGUACGGCCUGGUGGGUGGGGAAGGCGGGAAGACCACCUUCCGGCUGCAGCCCCCACUGAGCCAGUACUCAGUGCAGGCACUACGGCCCGGGUCCCAGUACCAGGUGUGGGCCAGCGCCGUGCGUGGGCCCGACGAAAGCCAGGCCACCACCACCCAAUUUAGCACCGAGAUUGAUGCCCCCAAGAACCUGAGAGUGGGUUCCCGCACAGCCACCAGCCUUGACCUAGAGUGGGACAACAGUGAGGCUGAGGCCCAAGAGUACAAGGUGGUGUACAGCACCCUGGCGGGCGAGCAGUACCAUGAGCUUCUGGUCCCCAAAAGCCUGGGCCCCACCACCAGAGCCACCCUCACAGGCCUGGUGCCAGGCACUGAGUAUGGGGUUGGAAUCUCCGCCAUCAUGAACUCACAGCAGAGCAUUCCAGCCACCAUGAAUGCCAGGACUGAGCUCGACAGCCCCCGAGACCUCAUGGUGACAGCCUCAUCAGAGACCUCCAUCUCCCUCCUCUGGACCAAGGCCAGUGGCCCCAUCGACCACUACCGCAUCACCUUUACCCCGUCCUCUGGGAUGGCCUCUGAGGUCACUGUGCCCAAGGACAGGACCUCAUACACACUGACUGACCUAGAGCCAGGGGCAGAAUACAUCAUCUCCAUCACUGCUGAGAGGGGUCGGCAGCAGAGCCUGGAAUCCACUGUGGAUGCCUUCACAGGUUUCCGCCCCAUCUCCCAUCUGCACUUUUCUCAUGUAACCUCCUCCAGCGUGAACAUCACCUGGAGCGACCCAUCACCCCCAGCAAACAGGCUUCUUCUGAACUACAGUCCUCGGGAUGCAGAGAAAGAGAUGGUGGAGGUGUCCCUGGAUGCCACCAAGAGGCAUGCUGUCCUGACUGGCCUGCAGCCAGCCACUGAGUACAUUGUGAACCUGGUGGCUGUCCAUGGGGCCGUGACCUCAGAACCCAUUGUGGGUUCCAUCACCACUGGAAUCGACCCCCCCAGAGACAUCACAAUCAGCAAUGUGACCAAGGAUUCGUUCAUGGUUUCCUGGAGUCCUCCAAUCGCAUCUUUUGAUUAUUACCGGGUGUCAUACCGGCCAACACAAGUAGGACGGCUGGACAGCUCAGUGGUACCCAACACAGUGACAGAAUUCACCAUCACCAAGUUGUACCCAGCCACUGAAUAUGAAAUUAGCCUCAACAGCGUGCGUGGCAGGGAGGAAAGUGAACGCAUCUGCUCCCUCACACACACAGCCAUGGACAACCCUGUGGACCUGACAGCCUCCAACAUUACCCCCACUGAAGCCCUGCUGCAGUGGAAGGCACCCAUGGGGGACGUGGAGAGCUACGUCAUUGUGCUCACACACUUCGCAGUCGCUGGUGAGACCAUUCUGGUGGAUGGGGGCAGCGAGGAGUUCCAGCUCGUGGACCUGCUGCCCAGCACCCGCUACACAGUCAGCCUGUAUGCCACCAGCGGGCCCCUGACCAGUGGCACCAUUAGCACCAACUUCUCCACUCUCCUGGACCCGCCUACAAACCUGACAGCCAGUGAGGUCACCCGGCAAAGUGCCCUCAUCUCCUGGCAGCCACCCAGAGCUGAGAUUGAGAACUACAUCCUGACCUACAAAGCCACUGACGGGAGCCGCAAGGAGCUAAUCGUUGAUGCAGAGGACACGUGGAUCCGCCUGGAGGGCCUGCUGGAGAGCACGGACUACAGGGUGCACCUGCAGGCAGCCCAGGACUCAGCAAGAAGCAGCACCACCUUCACCACCUUCAGCACAGCUGGCCGGGUAUUCCCACACCCUCAGGACUGUGCACAGCAUCUCAUGAAUGGAGACACCUUGAGCGGUGUCUAUACCAUCUUCCUCCAUGGUGAGCCCAGCCAGAAGCUGCAGGUGUUCUGUGACAUGACCACCAACGGGGGAGGCUGGAUUGUGUUCCAGAGGCGGCAGAAUGGCCAGACUGACUUCUUUCGCAAGUGGGCCGAGUAUCGCAUGGGCUUCGGGAACCUGGAAGAUGAGUUCUGGCUGGGGCUGGACAACAUUCACAGGCUCACUACCCAGGGUCGCUAUGAGCUACGUGUGGACAUGAGGGAUGGCCAGGAGGCUGCCUUUGCCUCCUAUGACAGGUUCUCGGUGGAUGACAGCAGAGGUCUCUACAAACUCCACAUAGGAAGCUACAAUGGCACUGCAGGAGACUCUCUCAGCUAUCACCAGGGACGUCCUUUCUCCACAGAGGACAGAGAUAAUGAUGUUGCAGUCACCAACUGCGCCAUGUCAUACAAGGGUGCUUGGUGGUACAAGAAUUGCCACCGGACCAACCUCAAUGGGAAGUAUGGGGAGUCCAGGCACAGCCAGGGCAUCAACUGGUACCACUGGAAAGGUCACGAGUUCUCCAUUCCCUUCGUGGAGAUGAAAAUGCGUCCCUAUGCCCACCGCCUGACAACUGUGAGGAAGCGGCGGUCCCUGCCCUUCUGAGCAGGAGCAACCUCCAUCCCACCAACUGACCUUUUCUGUCAUUUGUUUGUAUUUUAUGAUGUGAAACUAGGGGUGGGGUUCAGGGAGCGGGAGCAUACUUUGCAGGUAUGGCUGAAGAGUGUUGGUGGGGGAGGGAACUGGGUGUGGUAGGAAGUAGCUGAGUAUCAACCACCCUGGUUUCCACAGCCUUGGGGUCUGACCCUUAGUCGCCAUCCUCCCUCCAACCUGUCAUCCUUCCUAUCACCCUCUCAUCCCACCCAAGAGGGAAAGUAAAACAUUUUCUUACUUACAGAUGAGUGCUAGCAACAGACUGGCACCUUCUUUCCCUGCCCUUCUGCUGAGAUGCCCUCCCUCCCAGGUGUUUGGACUCUGACCACUGUCAUGCUCAGGUCAUCACACCAGCCUGCAAGAGAGCCUUGCCCACAAUUCCUCAAAGGAAGAUUAGCUACCGCUAUGCCCACAAGCCAAGUCUCUUUAGUGGGCCAAAGAGGCUCGUUUUCUGAUGCCUUUGCUUUCCCCAGUCAAGGGUCCUUUGUCCUCUUUCAUACAUGAUGCUCUCUUGUCUGACUAAUCAAACUGCUUCCACCCUCCCUACCCCCCCACAGCCCAAGAAUCCCCACCAGUGUUUUAGAAUCUAGUCCCUAUGGCGUGACCUAUACCCAACCCUAGCCCCCCAAAAAUAUCACUGUGGUUCAGACUGACUGCCUCUCCCUUGAGUCAGACAGACAGCAAUAUUUAGGGGUGGGAAUAAAGGAGGAUAUUAGUGGGGCAUCAAGUUGAGGAAAGGACAGAGAAAUCGGGGUAUGUUUGCCACUAAGGUCACAGGUCCCCCAGGACCUGCAGAACUCACCUCGCUCUGCCAUUUUCUGCCUCUGGCUCUAUUUGUUAUAGAUUUAUUGUUUCUGAGUUGUAAAGCACAGGUCUCACUUCUGUCUGGCCAGGCUCCCAUAAUGGGUGGUUAAUCACAGUCAGAGGAAGAAGCUGUAUGACCUCCUGCUGUCCCCUAACCUAUUACCCAGGAGAUGGAGUGGAAUGUGAGAGUCUGUGUUGCUUUUUUUUCCUCUCUGUUUUGAUCUCAUGGGACGCAGGAAUGACCUCUUUACUGAGGUGAGACCAUAGGUUAUCUUUCUCCAUCUUCCUUUAUUAUUCUACCUAGGAAAGAAGAAAUGAGAAGUGUCAGAGGAAAUCACAUCUAGAAAUCCAAAGGUGACAAAGGAAGGACUAGGGUCCCCUCCUUCAUGAUGAGAUGUGCGUUCUUCCCUGGCAUGAUUUGAUUUUCAAACCCAAGCCAGUUGGAGGUCCUGGAAGCCAUGACCUUCAGGUCUCUGAAUCAGACACUGGCUUCAGCCAUGGCUAUGCCUCUGAUGAAGUGCCAUCCUGGGCUCUCUGUCCACCUGCCCUUUCUCUCACUUCCUCCCAAGGCCCAGGCUAUUUCCUGAAAUGUCCAGGCUCAGUCAAUCCAGGUACUUUCCUCACCAAUUAGUGCCUGAGCCCAGGAGUCAGAGUUUAAAAACUUCCAUGGUCUAAUCAAGCUCUAACACCUAGAAGGCUGCUGCUCAAGCCUUUGAUGCUCUGAGGAGAGUCAGUGAGUGGAAACUGGCAUCAGCUCUCACUUUAGUAGCCUCAUGGCCAAAAAAACUGGGAGAGGAGGAAGAACAGAAAUAGUCUUUUCAAGAAGCCCCUGGAGUAACAGGCAUCCCUUGUAUGAAACUUGGGAGCUUAGCUGCAGUACCCCAACUCCACCCCCUGGCUGCUUGGCUGGUGAUAGGACCUCAGGGAGGUAUUUCAUCUCUCUGGGAUUACACAGUGAAUGGAAGGUUUGACUAAAAUGGCUUUUAACUUCCGUUCUGGUUUUGAUAGUAAUGCUGGCCUCUGACAUGAAAAUCUGGGUAAACUGACAUUGGUGAGAGAGUAUACUUAAAUUAUGAAAGCUCACCAGAAGUCUUGCUUUAUUAGAGAAAGAAGGAGGGAAGUAAGGAAGGAGAAAGGAAGUGUAGGGAAAGGGAAUGGAAGGAAGGAAAAAGAAAGAAAGAGAGAGAGAGAAAGAAAGAGAGAAAGAAAGAAAGAAAGAAAGAAAGAAAGAAAGAAAGAAAGAAAGAAAGAAAAAGGGAAAAUUGAUUCAAAAGUCAUACCAAACACACUCAGGAGAAACCAGCACAGAAAAGAUCACACCAUAUAAGAAACUGAACUCAUCUUGUCCUACAAGCAGAAUCCAUGCCUGGGCAGGGCCAGUCGAGCCAACCUCAACAAGGGAAAUGGAACAGAAAAAAAUUGUGAACCCUCGCAAUGCCUAUUCAGGUGAAAACCAAACCUGUCUGUUGUUGGAACCGUUUUACCCAAUGAAACAUUUUUAUAAAUAGUAGCAUCGAUGGUACUUAGAUUGACUUUAAAGAACUAUAAGGCAAGAAAGGGACUUCAAAGAUUAAUUGACCCAAACUUUAUGAAAGAAUCUCUGGAUUCCUUUUACUGAAUAGAGUGUUUUUUUUUCCACAAGUGUUCAUCAUUUUUUAAUUUUAUUUAUUUAUUUUCCCUUCUGUUGUCCUUGUCAUUUUACUGUUGUUGUAGUUAUUGUUGUUAUUGAUGUCAUCGUUGUUAGAGCGGACAGAGAGAAAUGGAGAGGGGAGGGGAAGACAGAGAGGGGGAGAAAAAGAUAGACACCUGCAGACCUGCUUCACCACCUGUGAAGGGACUCCCCUGCAGGUGAGGAGCCGGGGGCUUGAACCGGGAUCCUUAUGCCGGUCCUCGGGCUUUGCGCCACCUGUGCUUAACCCACUGCACUACUGCCCAACUCCUGUGUUCAUCAUUUUUAAGAAACAUUGUGCCCCAUUCUCUCCCUAAGGUCCCUGGUCAACUGACCUCAAAGCUUCUCACCUUAACUCACCAUUUCUUCAUUUUCUUUUCCU